CGCGCCCACGAACAUUCGUCAUGGCUGAUCAACCCCUCGAGUUUGUGGAGCGCGAUGAGGCGCCCCGCCGCAAGGGUGCCUUCAAGCGCCGUAAGGUUCACGAGAUCAACCGUCACAAAUUUGUCGCCCGCUUCUUCCGUCAGCCCACCUACUGCUCCCAUUGCAAAGGGUUUUGCUGGGGUCUGGGCAAACAAGGCUAUGAAUGCCUCAACUGUCGCAUGGCCGUGCACAAAAAGUGCCAUGCCCUUGUCAUCAGCCCCUGCCCCGGCGCGGAGAUGCAAAUGGAGAGCAUUCGCCGCACCAACGAGGAAAUGCAAUUGCGAUUCAACGUUAACGUCCCACACCGCUUCAAGGUCAAGACGUACAAGAGUCCCACGUUUUGUGAUCACUGCGGCAGCUUGCUCUGGGGCCUGUACAACCAGGGCAUGCAAUGCGUUUCCUGCAAGACCAACGUCCACAAGCGCUGCGCCCCCCACACGCCUCAUUUGUGCGGCCUGGACCACAUGCGUCUGGCAGCCGAGCUCAUGAAGAUUGAUCUGACAGCCGACAAGAUGCGCAACUCGCAACGCUCGGAGGACGAAAGCGAGGAUGGCAGCGAGGCCUCAUCCAAAAGCAAGGCCGAGCUCCGCGCUGAAGCCAAGGCCCUGCGCAAAGCAGACAAAGAGCGCAAGCGCGAGGAGAAGAAGGCUUCCAGUUCUGCUCACAGCAACGACGACCUGUCACCUGAUGCCUUCAAGUUUCUCAAGGUCCUGGGCAAGGGCUCUUUCGGCAAGGUCAUGCUGGCUGAGCACAAGAAGACGAAACAAAUUUUUGCCGUCAAACUUUUGAAGAAGGACGUCCUGGUGGAGGAUGACGACGUGGAGUGUGCCAUCUCUGAGAAACGUGUCCUCACAUUUACCGGGCAGCACCCCUUUCUGACCCGCAUGUAUUGCUGCUUUCAAACCCCCGGCCACCUCUUUUACGUUAUGGAGUACAUUGCCGGCGGUGACUUGCUCUUCCAAAUUCAGCACGCUCGACGAUUCAAGGAGGAACGUGCUCGCUUUUAUGCUGCCGAAAUUGCUCUUGGCCUCCUCUUCCUGCACAGGCGGAACAUUGCUUACCGCGACCUCAAGCUCGACAACGUCAUGCUUGACGCCGAGGGCCACAUCAAGAUUGCCGACUUUGGAAUGUGCAAAGACACGGCCGAUGAGCCCGCCCGCACUUUUUGCGGCACGCUCGACUACAUUGCCCCCGAGAUUAUCAAGGAGGUGCCCUACGACUACAAGGUUGAUUGGUGGGCGCUGGGUGUCUUGUUGUACGAGAUGCUGGCCGGUCAGCCCCCCUUUGACGGUGCCAGCGAGGACGACCUCUUCAUGGCCAUCCUCCACAACGAGGUUCUCUUCCCCGUCUGGCUCUCGAAGGACGCCGUGUCCAUCAUUCGAGGGUUCUUGACCAAGGACCGCGAUCAGCGCCUGGGCUGCGGCCCGAAUGGUGAAGCCGACAUCAAGGCUCACUCCUUCUUCCGUGGUAUUGACUGGGUCAAACUCGAGAAGAAGGAAAUCGAGCCCCCCUUCAAGCCCAAGAUCAAGGGUGAUCGUGCGGUUGACAACUUUGACCAAGAAUUUCUUCGAGAAAAGCCCGUGGUUACACCCCCGGACCCCAACCGGGUCAAGCACAUCCCUCAGGAUGAGUUUGCCAACUUUACAUUUAUCGAGCCUGGCUUU